AUGGUGUCCAAGUCCCUCAAAAGAAGCCCCACAAAAUCCAUCAAGGAUUCGGGGAGCCACCGCCCCCGCCGUCGCCACAGGAAGAAGUCUCCGGGGAAAACCACCUCCUCUGCUAUCAUCUCAACCAUCAACAAAACUAUCUUCACUUGCAAGCGCCGCCUCUCUAAGCUUUUUUCCAAAUUGGUCCGCAUUAGCACCCCAAAUAGCCGUUGCAAAGGCUACAAAAUCUUGAAAACUGGGUCCGAAUAUCAUGACCUAGAAGUUGAAAAGGAUACCAUUUGUAGAGCACUUUUCUUCAAUGAACGGUUACCACCCUUGAUUUCUCCUGAUAAGAGGACUGUCUUUCUUGAUCUUGAUGAGACCUUGGUGCAUUCUAAAGCAGACCCACCACCCGAAAAGUUUGAUUUUGUUGUGAGGCCUAAGAUUGAUGGAGAAACGAUGAAUUUUUACGUGCUGAAGCGCCCAGGAGUUGAUGCUUUCCUGGAGGCUUUAGGGGCUAAAUACGAGGUGGUGGUGUUCACCGCCGGGUUAAAGGAAUACGCUACGCUGGUUCUUGAUAGGAUUGAUCCAAAGGGGCUGAUUUCACACCGGUUCUAUCGGGAUUCUUGCAAGGAAGUUGAUGGGAAGUUUGUUAAGGACUUGUCUGAAAUGGGGAGGGACUUGAAGAGGGUGGUGAUUGUUGAUGACAAUCCUAACUGCUACAUUUAUCAGCCCGGAAAUGCGAUUCCAGUGAAGCCCUUUAUUAAUGAUCUUGGUGAUUUAGAGUUGGAGAAGUUGGCUACUUUCUUUGAGAGGUCUCAUUGUUUCGAGGAUAUGAGGGAUGCGGUGAAGGAGUAUGUUGGUGGUGAAGGACACACUGAGGUUCGAGUGCAAGUCUAA